AUGUCAUAUUCUAUUCCAGAUACAAUUCAUAUUGGAUCCCGAAUUCAAAUUGAAAAUGAAAGAGCUACGGUCAAAUUUAUUGGUGUAGUAGGUAAUUCAAAAGGUGAAUGGUUAGGGAUUGAAUGGGAUAAUCCUCUUCGUGGGAAACAUGAUGGUACUCAUGAGCAAGUAAACUAUUUUAGUUGCAGAUAUCCUACUUCUGGAUCAUUUAUUCGUUAUCAUCCAAAAAAGAUAUCAACAGGCAUUUAUUUCUUGACAGCGUUAAAAGAUAAAUAUUUAGAAGAUUUUGAAGGAGAAUAUGAUGAAUCAAAAGAUCGCGGAGAACUAUAUUGGGGAGGAAAUAAGAGUAUUAAAGUAGAAACCUAUGGUUUCAAAAAGAUUCAACAAUCUCAAAGACAGUUGAGUAAUUUAAAGGUGGUUGGUUUAGCAGAACAGCUUAUUGCUUUUGCAGGUGCAACAAACGAAAUUAAGAACACAGAAUUAGCAAUUGAGGAUUUGGAUUUAUCUAGAAAUCUUAUUUCAAACUGGGAAACAGUUUCUGAAAUAGUAUCUCAAUUACCUCGAUUAGAAAUCUUAAGAAUCAAUCAGUUACGAUUGACAAGCCCACAACCAAUACAAAAGUUUAAUUUAGACAACCUAAAAACAUUAGCAUUAAAUCAAACAUUAAUAUCAUGGAAAGAUGUCGAAAUACUUGCAACCUCAUUAUUACAAUUGGAAGAUUUACAAUUAGGUGGAAAUGAAAUUAGUGAGUUAAGCAGUGUCAACUUUCCUCAGUUAAAAUGUUUGAAUUUAGAAAAUAACCUAAUUCACGAUUGGAAAGAAGUUCUUAAACUUGGAACAUUACCAAAGUUACAGACAUUAUUUUUAAAUGAUAAUCAACUUCAAAUCAUUGAAAAGCCUAUAGGAUUAUUCAAAGAAUUAUCUUUUCUACGUAUUGAACGCAAUAGGAUUGAUAAUUGGGAUAGCAUAGAUGCAUUGAAUUAUUUCCAAAACUUGACUAAGCUUAGAUGUAAAGAAAAUCCGAUUUUUAAAGAAUUAGAUAAAGAAAUAGAAACAGCACAGGUUGUUGGAAGAAUUAAGAACCUAUCAAAUGUUAAUGGUAACACGGUAAAGUAUGUUUGUAUUUCAAAGAAAAAGGAAGAGGGUCUAAUUGGUAUAAAGUUAACACAUAGGGAACGUAUAGAUUUAGAACGUUACUAUAUUAAAUUAUGUACAAAAGAUGGCUCAAGUCAUGAAGCUAUUGCUUUAAUUCAUCCUCGAUAUAAUGAAUUAUGCGCAAAUCAUGGACAACCUGAUUUAGAAAUACAAUCAAAAGGACCUUCAAUAGCAUUGAAAGAUCGAUUGAUCAAUCUAACAUUAACACAAAGGAAAGUUGUUGAUUUGACGUCUAUUAAAUUUCAAAAACAUCUUCCAGCUGUUUCAAAAUCAAUGACAAAAAAAUUUUUACCAACAAUGACUGUAAGGAAUACAAAACAUAUCAUUCAACGCUUACUAAAGAUACCGGCAACGAAACAAGCUUUGUAUUUAUUACAGCCAAUAUUAAAUAACAAGGACCAUGAUUUGAUGGUGAUGGAAAUUACAGAUGAUUUGAGAGAUUUAAAGUUUUACGGUAUAAAUGAUGGAGAUGAAAUAUUAGUUUUAGAAAAUGAAUAA